CAUUCUUUGGGCGUGAGUCAUGCAGGUUUGCAGCCAGCCCUAAAGGGGGUGUAUACGAAGCAGAGCGCUAUAAAUACCGGCGCUGCACGCUCACCACGCCGCGUCGCCAGGAGGAGCCCACGGGCACCACUGACCGAGGCGUGCUGGGAUUCCAGAAUCAGAGGAGGCAAGAUGAAGACGCUACUGCUGUUGGUGGGGCUGCUGAUGACCUUGGAGAAUGGGCUGGCCGACCCUGCAGUCUCAGAGAGAGAGCUCCAGGAAAUGUCCACUGAGGGGACUAAGUACAUUAAUAAGGAAAUUAAAAAUGCCUUCAAGGGGGUGAAACAGAUAAAGAGCCUAAUAGAACAUACAAACGACGAGCGCAAAUCACUGCUCGUCAGCUUAGAGGAAGCGAAGAAGAAGAAGGAGGAUGCCUUAUCUGACACAAAGGAUACCGAAAUGAAGCUGAAGGCGUCCCAGGAGGUGUGCAAUGACACCAUGAUGGCCCUCUGGGAGGAGUGUAAGCCCUGCCUGAAACAGACCUGCAUGAAGUUCUACGCGCGCGUCUGCAGAAGCGGCUCUGGGAUGGUCGGCCACCAGCUGGAGGAGUUCCUGAACCAGAGCUCUCCUUUCUACUUCUGGAUGAACGGCGACCGCAUCGACUCCCUGCUGGAGAACGACCGGCAGCAGGCCCACGUCCUGGACACCAUGGAGGACAGAUUCAACCAGGCCUCCCGUAUCAUGGAUGAACUUUUCCACAACAGAUUCUUCACCCGGGAUCCCCUGGAUUCCUACCACUUUGCGUCCUUCGGCCCAUCCCCGAGGAGGCCUCUCUACCUCAAUCCCAAGACCCGCUUUGCCCGAAACAUAAUGCGUUUCCCCAUGUUUGGACCCCCGAACUUCCAGGACAUGUUCCAGCCCUUUUUUGACAUGAUACACCAGGCUCAACAGGCCAUGGACGUCCACAUCCAUAGACCUCUCUUCCAGUUCCCAAUGGAGGAUUUCACAGCAGAAGGCGACAAUCGCACUGUGUGCAAGGAGAUCCGCCACAACUCUACGGGAUGCCUGCGGAUGAAGGACCAGUGUGCUAAGUGCCAGGAGAUCUUGUCAGUGGACUGUUCAUCCAGUGACCCCUCCCAGAACCUGCUGCGACAGGAGCUCAACAACUCCCUGCAGCUUGCGGAGAUGUUCACCAAACAGUAUGAUGAGCUGCUCCAGACCUACCAGCAGAACAUGCUCAAUGCCUCCACUCUGCUGAAACAGCUGAACGAGCAGUUCAGCUGGGUCUCCCAGCUGACUAAUCUCACUCAAAAUGAAGAGCCGUUCUCUCUCCAGGUCACUACGGUGGUUUCCCACAGUUCUGACUCCAGCGUUCCCUCUGGCUCCACCAAGGUUGUUCUGAAGCUCUUCGAUUCUAACCCCAUCACUGUGACUGUCCCAGAGGAAGUCUCCAGGAACAAUCCUAAAUUUAUGGAGACCGUGGCAGAGAAAGCUCUGCAGGAAUAUCGCCAAAAGUACCGGGAGAAGUGAAAUGUGAAUGUUGCUUUGCCAAGUAUGGGGGUGUCUGAAUCUAGUGGCCCCCACUAGCGAGAGCUCUGCAUGUCACCAAGUGACCAGGCCCUGGCCUCGAGGCCCUCCGGACCCCGCCCAGCCUCUCCUCCCUCUGGAUCCUGCGCGCUCUAACGCCCGCUCUUGCUGAUCACGGGACGAACCUCCCUCGCAUGCCACUAAUUCAAUAAAACUGCCUGUGUGCUCUGCA